AUGUUCUUUCUGUCCAGAGUACUAUAUCGCAAUAACACUAAACGUCUUUCUGUGCGUUUGACCAGUUGCGUACAGAGCGGAUACUUUUAUCUGACUCGGAUAUCUCCACUAAAGGCCAAGCACAGAAUGGCUCUGCGCAAAUACGACCCGAGAGUAAAUAAACACGUAAUAUUUUACCAAACUGCAUCGGCGUGUUCCCUUCCUGGCAAGACACCUGCCUCUGAACACUCUGCCAAGUACGCCAGAUUAUGCGGUAAAUCCAAGAAUAUGCGCCCACUCCUUGCGAGAGUUGAAAGAGCGUACGAAUAUGGUCGCUACAAUGCAUUUGAUCGAGCAUAUCAAAGGCUUGUUGACUCUCGAGGAAAGGUCGUGCCGAGAAUGAGCUAA